ACGAGCGGGCCUGGGGCGGGGCGCUGCCCUGAUGACGUCAGCGCGGCGCCGUCGCGGCAGUGACGCUCCGAGCUGGCCGGGCCGGGCCGGAACAGGGGCAGCGGCGGCGGCGGCGGGCCUGGCCCCGGGAUGGCGAUGUUCCGCAGCCUGGUGGCUUCGGCUCAGCAGCGGCAGCCGCCGGGCGGGCCGGCCGGCGGUGACAGCGGCCUGGAGGCGCAGUACAGCUGCCCGAUCUGCCUGGAGGUGUACCACCGGCCUGUGGCCAUCGGCAGCUGCGGCCACACGCAGCAUGGGCACCUGCCCACACCAGGACAGCACGGCCAACUUGCGGAGAAGGGCACCGGGCCUUACUUUCUCAUGCCACUUGUGACAUUUUGUCGGAGGCAGCCUCUGGACAGGACUCCUUUCUUGUUCUGCGGGGAGUGCCUCCAGCCGUGCCUGCAGGUCCCGUCCCCACUGUGCCCGCUGUGCCGCCUGCCGUUCGACCCCAAGAAGGUGGACAAGGCUGCCCACGUGGAGAAGCAGCUCUCAUCCUACAAGGCGCCCUGCAGGGGCUGCAACAAGAAGGUGACGCUGGCCAAGAUGAGGGUGCACGUUUCCUCCUGCAUGAAGGUCCAGGAGCAAAUGGCCACCUGCCCCAAAUUCGUCCCCGUGGUGCCCACAUCCCAGCCCAUCCCCAGCGCCGUCCCCAACAGGUCCACCUUCACUUGCCCCUACUGUGGCGCCCGAAACCUGGACCAGCAGGAGCUGCUGAAGCACUGUGUGGACAACCAUCGCAGCGACCCCAACCGCGUGGUGUGCCCCAUCUGCUCGGCCAUGCCCUGGGGGGACCCCAGCUACAAGAGCGCCAACUUCCUGCAGCACCUGCUACACCGGCACAAGUUCUCCUACGACACCUUUGUGGACUACAGCAUCGAUGAGGAAGCGGCCUUCCAGGCGGCCCUGGCCCUGUCUCUCUCCGAGAACUGAAGGCACAGCCCAGCCCCGGGACCUGAGCCCUCCCGCCUCGGGGGACGGGGCCGUGCGGGCUCCCUGAGGCCCAGCGCCUGCGUGGGAGUGGGAGUGCGCCUCGGGGACCAGGCGGGGCCUCCGUUGUCGCAGGAGGGGUGGCCCCGAGCCCACCGGGCCGCGUCCUCACGGGGCGGCCACCAGUGCGCCUGGCCGGGCAUUGCUGGUUUCUUCGGUGCUUCGAGCUGAGCAGGUGGCCCUGGUAGGGCCGGCUCGUUGGGCCUGGGAGCAGUCGACUGUCUGUCUGUCUGUCUCAAAGCCAUGAUGUCCUCCCCGUACGCACGGAGACCCGUCCUGCCCACGCUGCGUCCCGCAGGCCUGGCCGCUGCACGGGAAGCGCUGGAGGGGAGCCCUGGCCGGCAUCUGGCAGCGCUUUCCCUUCGCGCACGGUACUGGCUUUUGUGAUACCUGGAGAUUCUGGCCUUUUUCUACGUCACCCAGUGUGAGAACCUUUUCACAUUUUAUAGAACAGCUACUCUACAAACCACAAUCCCGCGUUUGACCAGGGGCAAUAGUAUUUUUAUGGAACAUUUACAGAAUUAUAUUUUUUAAAAAAAAGCAAUCAAAAAUAAACAGUGGUGGGGUCAGUGCAGGGGAGGGAAAGAGGCGGGCAGACCUCGGAGCCCUAGCGCGGCCGCGGGGCUUUGCUGGGGUGCGUGCAGGACCGCGGUGGCCAGGGUCCCUUUCGUAGUCGCCAGGAAGAAGCCCCCAGUGCCCCCCUGGCUGCUCACAGUGCAAGCCUCCUCCUCCCAGGGUCCUGGCCUCGGCCCCGCUGUCACCUUCCCAAGCGGACCACGGACCGUGUAGGCCACCCCGGGGGACGACAGGCGGGGCUGGAAGACGCCAUCUCACUCUUUUCGGUUCACGGCAUAAAUUAUUGCUCUUUUAAAAAAAAAACGUAAAUAAAACGUUUCAAAGCA